AUGCUGCGUGACUGCUGCCUCCGGCUGCCAGCAGUGACCUGGGUGCUGCUGCUGGUGAUGACAGCCUUUGCCAUGGAGUGCCCCAAGAUAAAGGUUGGGACAUGCAGUGACUGCAUCCGGUCUGGUCCUGUCUGUGCCUGGUGCAAGAAACUGAAUUUUACAAAAGCUGGUGAGCCAGACUCCAGCCGUUGCGACACCAUUGAGCAACUGGAGCAGAGGGGAUGCCCACGCAGUGAGAUUGAAUUUCCAGUCAAUCACAUCAAAAAUACACAGAACCAUCCCUUAAGCAAUGAGAUACAGCUGAAUCCCCAGGAGGUGCACCUGAAACUGAGGAUAGGCCAGCCUGCUGUAUUCGAGGUGAAGUUUCGCCGUGCCAUGGGGUAUCCCAUUGAUCUAUACUACCUCAUGGACCUCUCCUACUCCAUGCUGGAUGACCUAGAGAAGGUGAAGAAGCUGGGAGGGGAGCUGCUCAGGGCACUGGAGAGCACCACCCCUUCUCGACGCAUUGGGUUUGGCUCCUUUGUGGACAAGACGGUGCUGCCCUUUGUGAACACACACCCCGAGAAGCUGCAGAACCCCUGCCCCAACAAGGACAAGCAGUGCCAGCCUCCCUUCGCCUUCAAGCACAUCCUCUCGCUGACUGACAACGCCAAGAAAUUUGAGAAUGAAGUGGGGAAGCAGUUCAUCUCAGGGAACCUGGACGCGCCGGAGGGGGGCCUGGAUGCUAUGAUGCAGGCAGCAGUGUGUGGGGACCUGAUUGGCUGGCGCAAUGUGACUCGCUUGCUGGUGUUUGCUACCGAUGACGGCUUCCACUUUGCCGGCGAUGGCAGGCUUGGGGGCAUCCUGACCCCCAACGAUGGCCAGUGCCACUUGGAGGACAACAUGUACAAAAGGAGCAAUGAGUUCGACUACCCAUCUGUUGGCCAGCUGGUCCAGAAACUUGCUGAAAACAACAUUCAGCCCAUUUUUGCCGUCACCAGUAAGGUGGUGGAUGUUUACAAGAAACUCAGUGAGAUGAUCCCAAAGUCGGCAGUGGGAGAGCUGAACGAAGACUCCAGCAACAUCAUUGAACUCAUCCAGGUGGCCUACAAUAACCUGUCCUCACAGAUCAUCCUGGCCCAUUCCCCCCUGCCAGAUGUUCUGGAUGUCAAAUAUGACUCCAAAUGCAGUAAUGACAAGAACGCUGUGGAUGAAGCAAGAGGCCAGUGCGACAAUGUCAAGAUCAAUGAUGAGGUCACCUUCAAAGUGAAGGUCACAGCCAAAGAAUGCAUCAAAAGCCAAUCCUUCACCAUCCGGCCACUGGGCUUCACAGACACCCUCACUGUCUACGUGGACAGCAACUGCAACUGCCACUGCAACGAGCAGCCUGACCCAGCCGACUGCAGUGGGCAAGGCAGCAUCGUCUGUGGGAUCUGCAGCUGCAAUCCAGGCUACACGGGGAAGAACUGCGAGUGUGACACCAAAGGCAAAACCAGCAAGGAGCUGGAGGGGACCUGCCGCAAGGACAACAGCUCAGUCAUCUGCUCAGGGCUGGGGGACUGCGUGUGUGGGCAGUGUGUCUGCCACACCAGCGACGUGCCCGGCAAGCUGAUCUACGGCCCCUACUGCCAGUGCGACAACAUGAACUGCGAGUUCUACAACGGCUCCCAGUGUGGUGGCACAGAACGUGGGCGAUGUGACUGCGGGACAUGCAAGUGCAAUCCUGGGUACCAGGGCAGUGCCUGCCAGUGCCAGGAAGCGGAGGACAGAUGCCUGAACAGCAACAAAAAUGUGUGCAGCUGCCCCUCACCCUGUGGCAGAUACAUCUCCUGUGUGGAAUGCAAGUCCUUCGGGAGUGGCCCCUUCGAGAAGAACUGCUCCCAGGCCUGCCCCAACAUCCGGGUAGCCGAAAAGGUGACAGAGGAGAGUAGGAAAUGCAGGGAGAAGGACUCCCAGAACUGCUGGAUAUCAUUCCAUAUGGUCCAAGAGGACGGUGAAGAUAUAUACACCGUCAUUGUCGAUCCUGAAAAAGAGUGCCCGAAGCCUCCCAACGUCGCACUAAUUGUGGGUGGCACCGUUGCCGGCGUGGUCCUCAUUGGCUUGGUGGUCCUGCUCAUCUGGCGGCUCCUGGCAGAGCUGUUUGACCGCCGGGAAUUCCGUCGGUUUGAGAAGGAGAAGUCCAAAGCCAAGUGGAAUGAUGCUGAUAACCCCCUCUUCAAGAGUGCCACCACCACCGUCGUCAACCCCAGGUUUAAUGAAUGA